AUCAUCUAAAUACAAUAGAAAAUAUUACUCAAAAAAAAAAACUUUAAUUGAUUCUCUAAAAUUAAUUCUAAAUUAAUCUCAAUCGUCCAUUCUCAAUCACCAUCCCCACCAACUCAUCAUCAUCAUCUUCCUCAUAUCCUAACUCUUAUUCUCUCUUUCCCAUUUCCAAAAUCUCUCUCUCUCUCUCUCUCUCUCUCUCUCUCUCUCUCUCUCUCUCUCUCUCUCUCUCUCUCUCUCUCUCUCUCAUAUUAUGGUUAUACUUUUCGCAUAAGAACUCAAUAUAGUUUUCUGGUUAUUCUUUUUUUUAUAUAUAUACAUAUUUUUGGUUUUCCUUGUCCUUUCAAAUAAGCAAUAGGAAUUUAGAUAGAGAGAGUACCCUUUUUGGUGUCAGAAGGAAAGGAAAUCCCAAUAAAACUCAUCAAUUAUAUCCAUUUGGUGCGUGAUCUCGUCGUUUCUUUCCAUGCAAAAACGUGAUCAUUCUUACUAUAAAUAUUACCCAUAACAAACCAAACCCUACAAAAAAAUUUCACUGUUUUCUUUUUCGGCCUUCUCUCAUCUCAUCUUUUCGGAUCAUGAAAACUUGUCCAAAACAGGGUUCACUAGUCGCCUUAAACGACAACGAUGAUAAAAGUAGUACUAGAACCAAGUUUGCCUUGAGAUUUAUCCGAUCUCUAAUGGAAAUGAAAAGACGUGGACAUGUUUCUUCUUCUUCUUCUUCUUCAGAUAAUGAUAAUAAUAAUAAUAUCUCGUCUGCAGUGGCCGAACGAAGCGAGAAGAUAAAGGUGGCGGCCUAUUCUUCGAUGGCGCAUGCAGUGGGGCCCAGGAGGGCUUGGGCAAGAGCUCUUAUCUUCAAGCUUCGAAGGAGAGCCAAACGACAACGCGUUUUGAUGAAAAUGAAUAGAUCCAAAAGUCUGAAGAAGAUAAAUAAUAAAAAGAAGUUGAUGAAGAAGAAAAGGGCUGUUGAUUACAAUUACCAAAACGAUGACGUAUUUAGUCAAACUGAUAGGCUUCGAGGAAUUGUGCCUGGUGGAAAAGCCAUGGAUUUAUGCAGUUUGUUUGAGGAAACUGCUCAUUUUAUUAACUGUCUUGCUACGCAGGUCAAGGUUAUGAAGGAUAUUGCCGAUCAAUUAUCAUCAAAAUGAGAAUGAGUAUGUAUGUAUGUAUAUGUAUGUAUGUGAGAGAGAGUAUAUAUAUAUUCUUAUAUAUACACAACAUAUUAAUUUAAAGAUGUGUUUAUUAAUUUAUGAAAAAAAAUGGUAAAAUAUAACACUUUCAGCAUUAAUAUUUAUUGAUGCAUAGGAGAAACAGAUUUUAUUAUAUACUUUUUUUUAAUGAAUAGUUACCUAUAAUUUGAUCUA